AUGGACUCAUUGCCUUUGUCUCGGGGGGCAGACGGACUUCCGCCCAGCGAUCCUUCUUCAUCUCCGUCGCCUGGGCUCGACCGCCUCACCCCUGAGAGCAGCAGCGGCAGCACCAGCGAUAACGGCCUGGGCGAGGAGCACCUGGGCUUGGCUAUGGACCCUCUGCUCGGCGGCGGCAGCAGCAGCAGCAGCAGCGAGGAUGGCGACGAAGCCUACGAGCUGCAUCGACAUGUCGAACGGGGCUCGCGGGCGACAGACGGCACCCGCGACCGUCGCCUCAGGAAUGCCUUCAUCUACACUCCCGAGGAAGAGCGUGCGGUCGUGAGCAAGUUCGACCGGCGCCUGGUACUCUUCGUAGCGUUCCUUUACAUGCUGAGCUUCCUUGACCGGUCGAACAUCGGAAAUGCCUACAUCGCAGGCAUGGAUGACGACCUCGUGCGGCGCACGACCGGGGCCACGAAGGAUGGGCCUGUUGGGACGGCCUACUACGGAUGGGCAUUGGCUUCUUUCUACAUCGCGUACAUCGCGUUCGAGUGGAUGAGCCUGCUCUGGAGCCGCGUCCCGGCGCACGUCUACGUGAGCGGCAUCGUGCUCUCGUGGGGCGCCGUGGCCUCGCUGCAGGCCGUCGCCACGUCGUACCCCGUGCUGAUCGCCCUGCGCUUCCUCCUGGGCGUCGGGGAGGCGGGCUUCACGGGGAUUCCGAUCUACCUGAGCUCUUUCUUCCGUCGGGAGGAGCUGGCGCUGAGGACCGCCAUCUUCAUUUCCGCUGCGCCGCUUGCCACCACAUUUGCCUCGUCCCUGGCGUGGUUGAUUACCAAGUUCGGCGAGAACGGACCCAUCGCACCGUGGAGGCUGCUCUUCCUCGUCGAGGGCUUCCCGGCCGUUUUGGUCGCCACAGUUGCUUGGAGGGUCAUCCCAGACUCGCCUGAGAAGGCGACAUACCUCACCAGGCGCGAGAAGAAGAUCGCAAGGGUGCGCCUCUCGCACGACCACACAGGUGAGAAGCGCGGCGAGAGGCAGCCCUCGACUGUGGGAAGAGAGCGGCGACGGUGGAGCAAUGAUGUCUGUAGGGUGCUCCGCGACCCGGUCCCUUGGACGACGGCCGGCAUCUUCCUACUCACCAACAUAGCCUACUCGUCGCUCCCGGUUUUUCUGCCCUCCAUCCUCACACAGAUGGGACAUACCGCCGUGGAGUCCCAGGCCCUCUCUGUGCCCCCUUACCUGAUCUCCUUCAUCGCCGUGCUUGCUGUGGCAAAGGCGUCCGACGCCCUAGAGUCGCGAGCCUACUUCAUAGCAGUAUGCGCGCUGUCCUCGGCGCUGGGGUAUGCGUUCCUCGCGCUCAGUCACGCCUUGAGCGACAUGGUUGGGCCCGACUCGAGGGCUAGCAAGGGGCUCAACAUGGCAAGGUAUCUAGCGAUCUACCCGGCCGCGGCCGGGUUCUUCUGUGUCGUCGUCCUGACUAUCGCCUGGAACGUCAACAACUCCCGGGGCGCGGCGCACAAGGGUGCCGGGUUCGCACUCAUGCAGGUGAUAGGGCAGACGGGUCCGCUCAUCGGGACGAGGCUGUACCCGAAGACGGAUGGGCCAUGGUUUACCGGCGGCAUGGGUAUCUGCGCUGCGGCCAUGUUUGGCGUUGCGGUUUUGGCUCUAGGUUUGAGGGCAUUUCUCGCGAGAGCGAACCAGCGCUUCGAUAUGGACGGCGGGUGGGGGACUCUACAAGAAGAAGAGAGGUUGUUCACGAGUGAUAAGAGUGUAUGUAGGGAGAAAGGCUUUCGGUACAUGUUGUAG